ACGCCAUUAUUGAAAAACACUCACCUCUCUCUCACCUCUCUCUCACCUCUCUUUAACCUCUCUCUAGGCUCUAGCUAUUCAUCUCCCCAACCACAACAAACCAACUUGCUUUGCUUUGCUCUGUCCAGGGCAAGAGCAUCCUGAUUAAAGCAAGUCCCUUUUUUUUUUUUUACUUGUAAUUUGUUUUGUCUGAAGAAUAUUUUUACGGGGAAAAAAAACUUGCAGAAGAAUGAAGGGAAAGCAAUAACCCCCAAAACAAAUUCUAAAGCCUCAAAUUUGGAAUAUUCCCUUUCAUCUUCCUUUUUUUCUUUCUUCUGCCAUUACCUUAUUGAUCUAUGUGACCUCUGUUUCUGUUUUUUUUUUCUUUUCUCUCUUCCUCGUAACAGUACAGCGUCAUCAAAACUCGAAAGGGUCUUCCUUUUAUCGGAUUUAAUCCGAUUCUUAUUAUUUUUAUCUUUAAACGAUUGAAUCUAAUCCUUGCUGAGUUCUUUUUCGAUUUUCAAUCCUCCGAUGAAUCGAAUUCAUCAAACGAUUGUUGUUUUAGAUCUGGUGAUGUAAUACCAAAUCGGCUGCUCUGUUUUUGAUUAUUUAAAGAAACUAAAUUUGGGAGAGUGGGUGAGAAAUUUUGUUGCGGCGGGAAUGGAUUUGGACGAUUUCCGGUCGAUUAUGGACAACGCAGGUGUCGAUGUUUGGACAUUUAUAGAUACAGCGAUCCUUGUCGCGUCGCUUGAUUACGGCCAAGAGCUGAAGCGGCGGAGAGAUAACAUCGUGGAGCGUCUCUACGCGACUUCGAUGGCGAACAAGUGUAGAAACUGCGAUUUCGGCAGCGGAGGAAUCGUUACGGAGGCGGCGGUUGCUAGGGUUAACGGGAGGAUUCAUGAGGAGACGGAGGAGGAAGAAGGAGAAGCAGCUGAAGAAGAAGUUAGAGAGAAAUCUGUUAAUGGUGACGACGAUGACGAUUUCGAUCCGUUUGCUGGUUUGUUUGAUGAUGAGCAGAAGAGUAUUCUUGAAAUCAAGGAGAGACUUGAAGAUCCUGAUCUGUCCGAAGAAGCUUUGGUUGAGUUGCUUCAGAAUCUGGAAGAUAUGGACAUAACAUUCCAAGCUCUUCAGGAAACUGAUAUUGGGAGGCAUGUGAAUCGAGUUCGGAAGCAUCCAUCGAACAAUGUUCGGAGAUUAGCUAAACAGCUUGUCAAAAAAUGGAAAGAAACAGUGGACGAAUGGGUCAAAUUUAACCAGCCUGGUGAUCUCGAGCCUCCAAGUUUGAUAGCCGAUGAGGACUCACCGCAGCAGAAAGCUCUCCAUAAUGGUAAUCGCCAACAGGUUCCUGACUUCGGGUAUUCACCUGUUCCUCAGAAUGGGUAUUCUGGUUCAAGCAAGAACAGUAACUAUGCCGAGCCAGAGAGGAAACCAAGACCUAUUGCUCCUCCAACUAGGAGAGAAUCUCCUUCUCCAGCUAAACCAUCUCGUCCUUCUCCUUCUCAACAAACCAUACAGAGGGAUAAAGAGCAUAAAGAAGUUGAUUUCGACUCAGCCCGGAAAAGACUACAACAAAACUACAGACAAGCCGAGAAUGCUAAAAAGCAAAGGACUAUACAGGUGAUGGACAUUCAUGAGAUCCCUAAACCUAAGAAAGGUGGAUUUUUUCCAAGAAAAGGCGGUAGUUCUCAAGGCGGUAGACACUGGUAAAUUGAAAAAGAUGAUGAGAGUUGAGUCAUACGAGGAAGAAGAGAAAGAAAAAAGACAGGGAACAAAGCUCUGUUUUUUAGACACAAGAAGAAAACAGUGAAAUCUAAAAAAAAUGUUGGAAUUAAGUUGGUGGGUACACUUGUUUUCCAUUUUGUUGUUUACUACUAUUAUUUUUUUCUGAUAAAGAACAUAAUUUUCAUGGAUUUUAUGAAUAAUAGAUUCGGAAAAAUCAAGGUUACCAUAUUUGUGUUUUUACACAAUGAUGCUUGUAUCUAGUUCUUUAAAGAAAAUCAAAUGAAGUUUCUUA